AUGCCCACCAACAGUAGGGCGUCUCGCAGGGUGGAGCUCCUGUUCGAAAGUUUGGUCGUAAAACAACCAGAAGCUCUCCUGAACGGAAACGAAGUCAACGACACUGUUUUAAAAGACUUCAAAGUUAGACGUAUUGGAUUUGAUCCUGAAAGCUCGGAUGAAGAAGCUUUAGGCUUUUUCACGUCCAUGCCCCUCGAAGAUCUGCGAAAGUAUCCAGUUUGUCCAGAUCUCCUCCUCCCUGAAGAGCUCCCAAAUCUCGACUUCAGAGAUUAUGACCCACCGGCAGACGCACAGGCCGAUGACAACGGUUACUGGGAUACAGGCCUAUGCACAGAGAUCGUAGCUCAGUAUUUCAAAAGCUACAUUCUGGGAGGGCUUCCGAGAGCGUUGCCGCCUGGCAUAUUUAGUUCAGCUCAUAUGCGCCAGCUAAACUGGAUAAGCGCGCCUCAUCCGUUUCUCCUAGGGCUGGCCUUCACUGCUACUAUCCGAGCAGUCCUAACUUCUGGUCUGCAGGGCCAAUACUCGAGCCAGAAUCAUUUGGGGACCACGUAUAUUCGCAUACCACGCUCGUACUGGUCCAGACCUGCGAAGGGGGCAAUGAUUCGAUGCUAUUCGGCGAGCUGGCACCAAUAA